CUCCCUCUCUCCACAUUCAGACUCCAUUACUUCCACUCAGCACACUGAGGUUUUUCCAGCCGAGCUCGCCAUCCACCGGGGCCAUGUUUUGGGUUCACCGCCUGUCCCUCGGCCUCCUGCUGCUCCACCUGGCCACGGCUCACGUAGUCUUCUUGGACGGCGAGGAGGCCAAUCAGGUGCUGAAGCGGCAGAGACGAGCCAACAGCAUUUUUGAGGAGUUUAAACCAGGCAACAUGGAGAGGGAGUGUGUGGAGGAGCGCUGCAGCUGGGAGGAGGCGCGAGAGAUCUUCGAAGACGUAGAAAAAACUAAUGAAUUCUGGGCCAAAUAUGUUGAUGGCGACGCAUGUAUCUCGUUACCCUGUGCUCAUAAUGGACUUUGCAAAGACGGAAUCGGUGGCUACACCUGCUACUGCCAGACCGGGUACCAGGGCUUCAACUGUGAAAUCGUUAUUCCUGAACUGUGUGAGAACAAAAAUGGCGGCUGCCAACACUUCUGCAACGUAGUCCGAGGAAACGCACGGUGCUCCUGCGCUAACGGAUAUUUCCUGGCGUCAGAUUACAAGAGCUGCCACUCCAAUGAGACCUUCAAGUGUGGCGCCAUCAUCACCGGAAUGACCCGGACUGUUUUCAGGUACGAGCGGACAAAUGCGACGGACGGGAACGCUAACAACAACUCCACAAAGCCGAAGGAUGUGUCGGACGCAGUUCAUCAGUCAGACUCCUCACUUUCUAAGAAUAGCAACAACAGCCAGAUUCUGCCAAAAUCCAUGCUUUUAGAGGCCUUAAUCACCUCUCAAAUGGCGAGUAUGACCCGCAUCGUCGGCGGAGAGGACUGUCCACCAGGAGAAUGCCCAUGGCAGGCUCUCCUCUUGAAUGAAGACGAUCAAGGCUUCUGUGGAGGAACCAUCCUGAAUGAAUACAUCAUCCUGACCGCCGCACACUGCAUGAACCAAUCACGCUACAUCUACAUCAAGCUCGGUGAGUUCGACGUGUUGGUGGAUCACGGUAAUGAAGCUACUCACAAUGUGGAAACUAUUAUGACCCACAAUAAAUACAGACCAGACACCUACCACAACGACAUUGCACUCAUCAAACUGGCCACGCCCAUCAAGUUCACCAGGUACAUCCUGCCAGCCUGCUUACCUGAGCAAGAUUUUGCUGAAAAGGUGCUGAUGAAGCAGCAGGACGGCAUGGUCAGCGGUUUCGGCCGUCUCGGCGAGGGUCGGCAGCCGUCCACCAUCUUGCAGCGCCUCACCAUGCCCUACGUGGAUCGGCUCACCUGCAUGGAAUCCACCCAGUUGCGCAUCUCUACUCGCAUGUUCUGCGCCGGCUACGACACAAUAGCCAAGGACGCCUGCCAAGGUGACAGCGGCGGGCCGCACGUCACUCGCUACCAGAGCACCUAUUUCGUCACCGGCAUCGUGAGCUGGGGCGAAGGCUGCGCACGCAAAGGCAAAUACGGAGUCUACACCCAGGUGUCCAAGUACAUCAGCUGGAUCCAGGAAGGCAUGAAGAAGCUAAUGCCCAAAGAGAAGAGUGGCAGGAGGGUGAAGAGGCACCACGGCCCCAUCAAGAGGCUGUUUCUGUAAGACGGCGGAUUUCAUCACGGCGAAGUCCACUGAGCAGAGCCACACAUUGUUCUUCUUAUGUAAUCAUUGAUUUUAUGUUUGAGACUUCUACACAGUCACAUUUCUGCCACAGACAUUGUCAUAAUUUAACAUUUAUCACUGAUUUAAAGACAUUACUGAAAUUCUUAAAGCUGCAUUAAUGAAUUUUUCUUGCCACUUGCAGGCAGCAGAAUAGCCUGUAAAAACUACUUUAUAAAGAAGUUGUGUCUGACAUAUUAGCAACCAGCUGCCUACGUCCACACCCAGCAGACACAGAGCAACACGAUCUUCUCAUUGAGAUUGUUCAUUAUUACUUGUGGGGUUCCUCAGGGAUCAAUUCUUGGUCCUUCAUAUUUUCUACUUGGUUAAAGCUGCAAUAAUGCCUUUUUUUGUUCAAAUGAGGCAGCAGACCAAACUGUAAACAUGUUCAUCUCAUCUGAUUAAAGUCUAAUAUUGACUCUCUUUUAGCUCCGUUUUUGGUCUCCACCAUCUGAACAGUCUCUAAGUCUGUCUGCUGUUUGCUGAUGGAAACAGUUUCAGUAAUAGAAAAAAAUAUGUCAGCACAGUUUGGACCAGGAGGAACUGAAAUUAAAAUUGAACUGAAAUUAUGUAAACAAAACAAGUUUUGAUGUAUUUUUUAUUACUCACUGUCAGAAAUUUGCUUUUUAAACUGAAUUAAAAGCAAAUAAAGAAAUAUUACAACAGUC